AUGGUACGAGAACGAGUAUUACGAAAAGUGCCUUAUCGUUUAGAACGUGACAAGCAAUUAAAACAACAGCAGGCACAAUCGAAACCAGUGUCUGACAAUAAAGCAACAACAGCAGUAGUAGUAGUAGUAGCACCACCUGUCGAAUUUCAACAGGAUGUUGGUGAUGGUGAUGUUGAUAAUAAUAAUGCAGAUGUUCCAGUUAAUCAGAAACCUGAAAUGGUAGAAAAUAUUUUAUCGUUGCAGCAGCCAACGAUCGAAAUAGUAAAAGCAAAGCAACCGUUGCAGCAGCAAAUGAUCAAAAUAGUAGAAGCAGAACAACCGUUGCAGCAGCAAAUGAUCGACUUAGUAGAAGCAGAACAAGAUGAACAAGUGUUAGAAAGAACACCAGUCGAGGCGGCACCGCAUCCGGCACCUCGAGGAAGGCACGCUGUUGUGCCGCAUAAAGUAACUUACAAUGAGGCGUACCGUCGGAAUAAUGUAGUUGAAAAUCUGGCUAGAUAUGAUGCUGGUCAAUUAAAUCAAGAUUGUCAGUUUUGUGGAGCAUUACAUUACGAAAAAGAAAAGGCCGACAGACUGGGUCAACGAAGAUUGUGUUGCAAUAAAGGUGAAAUUGAUUUACCUCCAUUAAGGUCGUGUCCUCCUUUAUUACGUGCAUAUUUGACAAACGAUAAUGCUGAAGCGCGUUCGUUUAGAACUAAUAUACGAUCCAUAAAUAGUUUGUUCGCUAUGGCGUCUUUUAAAACGAGUAUGCCACAAAAUGUACAAGGCCAAGGGCAUUGGUGCUUUAGUGUGUGUCAAAUUUAUCAUUAUACAGAAGCAUUACCACGCACUCAAGAAUUAAGGCAACCUGUACUGAACCAAUAUUAUUUUGUGGACGCUGAACAAGCUAUCGACCGCAGAGCGGAUUUUUUAGCAGAUCGAUUAGUUUCAAGAGAAAUUAUUGAACGCAUAGAAAUGAUGCUUCGAGCAGAAAAUCCAUUUGUAAUAUCGUAUCAAACAAUGAAAGAAGUCAUUGCCGAAAUGAGGGCACAAGGACACGACGUUGAUGAAAUGAUAUUAGGUUUCACCGAAGAUAUUGGAAGGAAUCUGAGAAAUUACAAUCUUCCAGAAAGCAGAAGUGAUAUAGCGGCUGUAUUUUGUGGCGGAAAGCCGCCUUUUAAUGUUGACCUUAAAAUUUAUCCGAAAAAUGUUAAUGCCGACAGAGAAUUGAAAAAUUUAAAUAUAAUGUCAGAUCCGAUGGUAUACCCGAUACUUUUUCCGAAAGGAGAAUAUGGUUAUGAUACGCAGUUAAAAUAUAGAACAAGACGAACGAAAACUAUCACGAUCAGAGAAUUUUACCGUCACAGAAUCGAAGUUAGACGAAAUUAG